GUUGUCCGCUCACUGGGCAUUUUGGAAAGCCAAAUCAAGAUAGAAUUUUCACAUUGAAUGGUUGGACCCUGGAGAGGUUUGUAGAACCAACGGACCUUUGGAGUUCAGAUACCUGGUUUCAUGAAAGUGCAGUCACAGGUAAAAUUGGUAAUGUGGAAGCAUUGCAAAGUUCCAUCAGCACUACAAAAACACCCUCAAUUACUUGAAGCAUAAAGCUACAGAGACACUAAACAAAGUAUGGAAAUGAUACUUAAACUUUUUGCAGGGAUCUUUAUAUUGUCCCAACUGCAGUUGGGUAGUACUUACAUACUUUCGUGUUAUUUCACAAACUGGGCACAAUACAGAUCUGGAUUUGCUCGGUAUUUACCGGAGGAUAUUAAUCCUUUUGCGUGCACCCAUUUGAUUUAUGCAUUUGCUGCCAUUGAUGAAGAAAAUAAAGUUGUUGCUACUGAGAAGAAUGAUGUAGAUUUUUAUAAAACUUUUAACGGUCACAAGAAAAGGAAUAAAAAUUUGAAGACUCUUCUGGCUAUUGGAGGUUGGAAUUUUGGUUCAGUGAGCUUUACCAGAAUGGUGUCUACUAAAGCAACUAGAAGAACAUUCAUCAAUUCUGUGGUUAACUUCCUGAGGCAUCACCACUUUGAUGGCUUAGAACUGGCCUGGCAGUACCCUGGUGCUCCAGGAAACCCACCAGAAAACAAAGAACUCUACUCAAGAUUGGUUGAAGAACUGAAAGCUGCUUUUAGAAUUGAGGCAGAAGAAACAAGAAAACCUACAUUGCUGCUUUCAGCUGCAGUGGCUGCUGGUAAACAAUACAUUGAUAAUAGUUAUGAAGUACCUGUAAUUGCAAAACAUCUGGAUUUUAUUAGUGUGAUGACAUUUGAUUUCAAUGGCCCAUGGAACUCCUUUGCAGGACACAACACUCCUUUGCAUCGCCGAAAAGAUGAAGAGGGUGAUUUCGCGCAUUUUAAUAUUGAAUUUGUUAUGAAAUAUUUCAGAAAUAAAGGUGUCUCGGGAAGAAAACUGCUAGUUGGAAUUGCAACUUAUGGGCGGAGCUUCAAACUCUCCACUUCAAAGUCCAAUAGGAAGAGUGCAAGGAAUGAGCCAAGGAGCGGAAGAAGGAGGCAGAGAGAGGCCGCAAGUCUGAAAGAAAGCGGGAGCACAGUUAUCGUGAAUCAUCAACAACAGACCCUGUCUCGAGCCGCCUUGGUGGAUUUUGGUGGCGAGGGCAACCUACUGGACGAUGACAUAGCCUCCCAGGCCGGAAUACCUUGGGAGCCGUUAAAUACCCCUCAGGAGGCCUGGGCACUGGACAGAAAACUGCUGGUUCAGGUGACCCACUGUACACCGCCCCUGUCCUUGAUUCUAUCUGGAAACCAUCGGGAGGAGGAACACAUUCACCACAUCCGUCUAGUCCUCCAGAGACUGUGGGAAAACCAGUUAUUUGUGAAGGCGGAGAAAUGUGAAUUCCACAUUCCUUUGGUCAGCUUCCUGGGCUAUAUCAUUGAGAGUGGGCAAGUGAAAGCAGACCCCAAGAAGAUCCAGGCAGUGGAAGAGUGGCCUAGGCCCACGACUCGCAAGCAACUGCAGCAGUUCCUGGGGUUCGCGAACUUCUACUGCUGA